AUGUGUCUCUUAUCCGGGCUUCUCUUUUUUGUUGGUAUUGCCUUGAACCAUCUUCGCGAACUCUGUCUUGGGAAGCUUAUUUUCGCACAAGCUCCUCCUGGCGAGCCAGUUGGUCUACUAGCCGCUCAGUCGGUUGGUGAGCCGUCCACUCAAAUGACCCUAAAUACAUUUCAUUUUGCCGGUCGUGGUGAAAUGAACGUAACACUAGGUAUUCCGAGGCUGCGCGAAAUCAUUAUGCGUGGUUCCGGGAGUAUUAGCACACCAUCUCUGGAGGUGCCUGUGGUCAACUCGCCCGUCGCGCAUCGCAAGGCUGAUCAAUUGGCUAAACGCUGGUAUCGUCUCAAGUUGACUGAGGUAGAAUGGCACACUAUAUCUUAUUAUUAUUUAAUCAACUUUUUAUUUUCGUAA